UCCUCCUUGCACACGUACCAUAAUACACCCCCAGCUGGAAACCGUGUUUCCCAUUCUUCAACUCUUCCCUGGGUGCGUGUGUGUGUGCGUUCGAGUGUGUGGCCUGAAAGCUCUGCUUUGGUGCCUCGAUCAUGGCGGACUCGCGGCUGCUGGCCGUUGCUCUGCUGGUCGCCGUGGUCGGGUUUCCUGCGGCCGAGGCGCUCGGGGUGAACUGGGGCACGAUGGCGUCGCACCAGCUCCCGCCCAGCACCGUGGUGCGGAUGCUCCAGGACAAUGGCAUCAAGAAGGUGAAGCUCUUCGACGCCGACUCCGGGCCGCUCGAAGCGCUCGCCGGCACCGGCAUCGAGGUCAUGGUGGCCAUCCCCAACGUCAUGCUCGACAUGAUGACGGACUACGACACCGCCAGGGAGUGGGUGCACAAGAACGUCAGCGCCUACAGCUUCGACGGCGGAGUGAACAUCAAAUAUGUAGCCGUCGGGAACGAGCCGUUUCUGUCGUCCCUGAAUGGCACGUUCCUGAACGUCACGUUCCCUGCCCUGCAGAACAUCCAGCGCGCCCUGAACGACGCUGGACUCGGCGACAAAAUCAAGGCCACCGUGCCGCUGAACGCCGACGUGUACGAGUCCCCCAAGGACACGCCGGUGCCGUCGGCUGGGCGGUUCCGGGCGGAGAUCAACGGCCUGAUGACGGAGAUCGUGCAGUUCCUGAACCAGAGCGGCGCGCCGUUCACGGUGAACAUCUACCCGUACCUGAGCCUGUACGGGAACGACGACUUCCCUCUGGACUUCGCCUUCUUCGACGGCACGACCAGUCCCGUGGUGGACACCGCCACCGGCAUCAGCUACACCAACGUGUUCGACGCCAACUUCGACACGCUGGUGUCGGCGCUGGCGGCCGCCGGCGUGGGCGGGCUGCCGGUGGUCGUCGGCGAAGUGGGCUGGCCGACGGACGGUGACAAGCACGCCACCGCCGCCUACGCGCAGCGCUUCUACGCGGGGCUGCUCAAGAAGCUGGCCGCGAACGCCGGCACGCCGCUGCGGGCGAACCAGUACGUGGAGGUGUACCUGUUCAGCCUGAUCGACGAGGACGUCAAGAGCAUCGCGCCGGGCAACUUCGAGCGGCACUGGGGCAUGACGCGCUACGACGGCCAGCCCAAGUACUACAUGGACCUAUCGGGCCAGGGGCGGAACACGGCGCUCGCCGGGGCGCGGGGCGUCGAGUACCUCCCGCGGGAAUGGUGCGUGCUCAACACCAACUCGCCGCCGAACAACAUGACCAUGCUCGGCGACAACAUCGGCUACGCCUGCACCUACGCCGACUGCACCUCGCUCAGCUACGGGUCAACCUGCAACGGCAUGGACGCCGCCGGGAACGCCUCCUACGCCUUCAACGCAUACUACCAGGUGUUCGACCACGACGAGGAGGCCUGCGGCUUCGAGGGCCUCGCCGUCCGCACGCGCCUCGACCCAUCCACCGGCACCUGCAACUUCACCAUACAGCUAGAGACAACCUCCGCCGCCGGCCCUAGCUCGCCGCCUGCCACGGCCACGGCCGUUCUGUUCUCGGUUCUUGCAGCCAUGGCGGUCACGCUGAUCUGAUUGCCAACGACAUGUCUUGAUUUGUCCGAGUAACUAACAGCAGCAGCAGCUAGAGGUUACACUCGUAGAUGAUUUUUUGUUUGUAUACGUGGUAUUUCGUGUUUGGUCAGAUUGUCAGAGGUGUUUGCUAGAAUGCUAGUGUGAUCAUCUGCAUCCCUUGGAUUCCUAGGGUUCUAUACUUGUAUAUCUGUAAGUUCAGAGACUGUUCAUCAGAGACGGCGCUAACUCAGUGGUAGCUCUACUCCACGAUCUUCUUCGCCAA